AUGGAUAUCCCUAACGCAGAGUAUCAAGACUACCUGAUGUUCCCAAAUGAUUUUACUUCCAACUGGAAGCCCAUCACUUCAGAACUUGGCUGUGAGGCUGUAUCAUACUGGAACUGCCUUUCUUCCGAAUCAGAUUCCAGUGGGCUGUCUGAUUGGAAUCCUUUCAGCUCCGAGUCUGACAGUUUCACUGACUCCACAUCACACAGCCUCUCUCCAGUGUCCUCCAUCGAAUCCUUCAGGUUUUCCCCUCCGCAUUUACCUUGCACUGCUGGUCAGGAGGUCUGCGGCAGCUCCUCCGUGAGCAGCAGGGUCCCUGCUCCAACGGAGAGUCGACGGGGAAUGGGCCGGAGGACGAGGAAGGUCAGAUUGCAUUAUCCAGGGAAGCAGAGGCAGAGCGCCAGCGAGAGGGAGAAGCUGAGGAUGAGGGGCCUGGCCAAGGCCCUUCACAACCUGCGGACCUACCUCCCUCCGUCCGUGGCGCCCGCCGCCCAGAGCCUGACCAAGCUGGAGACCCUGCGGCUGACCAUCCGCUACAUCGCGCACCUGACUGAACUGCUGGCGCUGAGUGAGGAGUGCCCGUCAGCGGGCAGAGACACAGAGGGCGCAUGCCGGGUGGGAUGCCCGCAAGGCUGGUGUGCGUGCAACCAGAUUCCCCCACCGGAGUGUCCAUCCUAUCCUGGGGCCUCAACAAUGAACGACAGGAGUGGGCUAGCGGCUACCUUUCAGAAUAUCGCCCACGGUCAGAGCUUCAUGGAGGACCUGCAACUGGACUCGUGGUUUCUGUGA